UCGCAAACGAGAACUAGGCUAGUGUGACCUGUGACCUCGCAUUGUGCAAGGUGUCAGAUGAGCGCUUCACAAUCAAAGUACACAUGUCCCACACAUGAGUGACACAACUUAGCCGGUAACCAUACUUUAGACCUGUAGCCUGACGACAUGAUAGAUUGAUGGAUACAGGGAAUGACGAUGAAGAGCAAAAGAAAGACAAAGAACUUGGACAAGGACUGUAGCCUUGAAGCUAGUACAUGUAACUACAAAAACAGCAAUAACUCCAAAAUGAACAUCGAAAUUCCUGGCAAAAACGGUAGCCAGGAAACCGGGUGUUGUAGAAAAAAAGGCAGCAGGGAUCAAGACGAGCCGAGUACAACCAGAGAAGGCUUGAGACGUUCAUCACGGAAACGUUCGGCACCUCACACAUUUGCUACAAUGGCCAGGGAAUCCAAAGGAAUACACUGGUCGAGUGAAGAGAAGGAAAAACUGUUGCGAGUUCUUCAGGAGUUAAACACCAAGCAAUUUGCUGCAGCAAGUUAUAAGCGUACCAAUCGUUAUCCAUACAAGAUGAUCAGACGAAGAGUUGUAACCAAGUCCAUGGAAGACGUUAAGAAGUACUUGACAGUACUGGAACGCAGAGCAGCAGGUAUGGCAUUAAGUCAAAUGAAACACCAACCACCUUUAGAGAGUUGGCGUCAGAUGGCAGAUAAGUUGACUGUUCUGACAAGUGACAAUUGCUCUCGACACUUAAUCCGGGUCUGUAACACCAUGGCUCUUGAAAGUAAAGAUGUGGAUAAAGAAAUGGCAGAAGAGGAAAAUGAUGCCAUUGAAGAAGUAGACAUUCCAGCGUUGUCAAACGCGCCAUCGACUCUGAGCUCUUUUGCAGCCACAUCAGUGACUGCAACGGUUUCUCCAUUUUUAAGUGUCACCUCAUCAACCACACCACUGUCUGUUGCAACAUCUAAUGACUCAGCAGUCAGAAGCACAACUUGUAAUGGUCAGUCAACUGAGAACUCUGAGGUGAUUACGUCAUCUGAAUCUCCUCAUUUUCUUGUGUCAUCUGAUAAGAUUGUUACAACAAUGUCAUCUGAAACUGAGCCACACUCAGGUAUGACCUCCACAAUGUCAAAUGAUACAAACUAUGCAACAAGAACACCUGCAACAACGACAAAGUCCAGUGGUUCAGUAGCAGCUACAAAAAUAAAUAGCAACAAGACAAGCAUGCCUAGUGAGUUAAACUUCAAACCAGACUAUGAGGCCAUCUAUAAGUACAUUGCCAGUUUGAUGCAAGGUGAACGCAAAGAACUUGGUCCACUCGAGUCCCUGGUCGUUCUUGACUGUCUCAGCACUGUGGAAAAACACUUAAUUGGGAGAGACAAUACGGCACAGAAGAGGUUUGCUCAGAAACGCUUCUUGGACAUCCUAGAAAACUUGUAUCUGACUAUUGAUCAUGAGAAUACAGAAAAGACAGGAAAUGGGGAUAUAAAUACUGCAGAAACUGUUAAUCCUGACGAUGAUAUGGAAGUGGUGACCAUAGCAGACUUGGUUGGUGACGAGAACCAAUUGUCCACUGCACAUAGUUCUAAGAGAGCCAGACCACUACCUGUUCGUCUGGGUAGCCUCAAUCCAUUCAGCAUACCAACUAGGCUGCUUGAAAUAAGACGGGACAGAUGAGGGCAGCAGACAGAUGGUGUUCAUAUAGAGCACUCUAGCAUGUGUACAGUAGAUUCCUGUUAUAGCGCUCCCUGAUAUAACGCUCUUACUGAUAUAACGCUCUGUUUUCAUUUUCCCAACACAUGCCCAUUACAAUGCUUUUCUGGAUAUACAUUUGUAACACAAUUUUCGGCCCCGAGAACCAUAUACAACAUGUGUAAUGAUUCCGGUUACAGCGCUCUUUGCCUUGGAAAAUCAAAUUCUUUGAAAAUCAACCCGUAUGAAACUGCAUCGCAAGGCCGCCGCAAUCGGCCAGCCAUCCUGAUCACACAGAGUGCAGACACGCACUGGGCCGUCCAUGCAGCGCAAACACGUGAUCACCAUGGGUGAGCCGCGGCCGCGUGGCUUUGCCGUGGCGACAUUGCAGUGAUUAUAUUCCCACUUUUUAUUUAGUCUCGUGGUGUAGUUUGGGACACAAAUAAUCAACAGUGAGAUACAAUAUGUAGUAUUACGUUAACUAAAGGUUUCUUUUCACAGAUAAAUAAAAUAAGCAGCUCAAAUUGUACGUGUAUCUUCAUGUAGCAAAUCUUGUCUUUUCGCUGAUUGUGUUCAGCGUGACAUGCCAGGUCUGUUUUCACUUGGGUUGUCUGAUGACCGAGGUCACUUGGUCAUUUGGGAAAAGUCAGUGAUUGGACUGUCCAUGAAUGGGUACGCAGUAGCAGUCAGAAUGUCACGGUGGGUGUAGAUGCAUUGGGUGUGCUGUGAUGCAGCAUGCACGAAGUCUCGUGGCGGUUUUUGAAGAGAUUUGUUUUUUUUUUAAUUGGCGCCACGAAAACGUCGAAAAAAACAGAUACAAGGCAUAUACUCCAAAAGUUACGGUACAUACAUCUGCUAAUACAUAUUAACAAAAUUCACAUACAUGAUAUAUAUGUACAUGUAGAUACACGAAUCUAUACAUGUACACUGCAGUACAUGUGCGUUGCACAUAUUGUGCAUCCAUCCAGUCAUAGCGCUGUGUGCUCAAUUCUGUUAGGUCCCCUUGAGAGUGCUAUAAUGGGAAUCUACUGUAUUGGGCUGUUUGGAGAGAGCUUGUUUUGCUAAAAGUAGGUGUGGGAGAAAAACAAUUAAUAGGCCUAAGCAUUUUUUUUAUGACAGUCCUUGGGUGACUGGCUGAAAUCAAACAAAGUGGAUCUCCAAAUUUCUGAAGUGGGCUAAUAUUUUCCGAAGAUAUAGUUAUUUUUUAAUGAGACUAGCACUAAAGGUUAUCGCUAGAUUUGAAAUACAGAAUGUUGGUAACAUCGUAGAGGAAGGACACGGAAGGAGUUUGAACUGCCCGGGAUGUAACAUCUGGCCAAUUACCGCUUUCUGGCAAAGUGAUGUAUUCGAAGGAGGAGACUAAAAUUACAAACUUGGCAUGGAUAAAUAGUGUAUCGAACGUAAAAAAGUUUAUUCACGAUGGCAAAAGGAGGUCUAAUAUCAGGGAUUUGUCUCUAUUUCCUGGUCACUGCUAUAAUU